AUGAAAGAGCUGGCUGGACUUAAACAUGAAAUUAAUAAUCAGAUGGCGGCAAAUGUGCAAACAAUACAAGACCAAAAAAUGGAAAAAGCCGCCGCCCAAAUAGAGGAGCUGGAGGCAUGGAGUGUCGCUGCAAACACCCUACUCCAAGAAACACUGAAAGACCAGAAGUUACUUGUCGACAAAUUGAACGAUCUGGAGUCCAGAUCCCAAAGAAAUAAUCUGCGGAUAUAUGGUGUGCCGGAGGGUGCGGAAGUACAACAAGAUAAGGCAUACAAACAUGUUAAAAGCAUCCUAAAAGAGGAAGGAAUCCGCUUUUUACCAAGAUACGUAUUCGCUGGGACAGCGGACGCUAAACCUACAACAAUGCAAGGGAAGCCGUGCGAUAGCUACAAUGUGGAAGAGCCGCGGGGAGACACGGAUAUGCCGCCGCUGCGUGAACAACUCCGCCAAACGGUGCUGUGGCAGCUCAUCGAGAGACAUGGAGAUCAGAGACAAUCAGACGGGCACGGGAACACCUUCAAGAAUUGCAACGAAAGACUCAUGCUUGAACUGAGAUAUGAUUAUGAAGUCCGAGCGGCGGACAUGUCGGUGGCUCCCAUCCUGGAGACUCGACCGGCAAGACCGACGUCGGGCAGAAUAACAGUGGUCGGUGACCCAUUGUCCGAGGUUGUACACGGCUGGCAUGACCUGGACAACAGUGAAUAUGACUGCUGGCCCAUGAAGAAUCCUGAUGAGCAGAACAUGAUUGACUGUGCUGGAUUGGAGAUGAGUUGGGUAGUUAGACCACCGGAGAAAGUGCGGAGUGGAGAGGAGUUUAACGUCACUUACGCUGUCAGUGCAUCCAAUGCCUUCUAUGAAAUGGCUGUGAAAAAUGGUAUCCUGAAGCACAGUGAGAUCACAGACAACGCCAGCGAGGCCAAACGGUUCUGUGAAGAAAACGAGUGCCCAUCUGAGUGGAAACACGCGACAGAAAGCAAUUGUUGCAUUUACCACGCCAACAUCCACUCCUGCCCAAUGGCAUUCAUGAAAAAAGGUGGAAUCUGUGGCCCCUGGGUUCCAGAUGAUGGGAAACUAAUGACCCACACUGUGUCGCAAGCUGGGAAGAUGUCCCAAAAGAACUGGACAACUAAGGUUGUGCUGGUCCAGAUUGGGGUGACUUCAAUGAUUGCACACGUCAAGGUGGGACGAAUGCACGGGGCCUUGGAGGCAAAGACAAAUGUACAGAGCGCACAAGUGUGCGAUGAUGGUGUAUGUGACGUGGAUGAGCGGUGUGACACUUGCCCGGCUGACUGUGGGCCGUGCCCCAUGACCAUCGGCAUCAAAGCUGCCAUAGGCCUCCCAAUUGCCCUCUUCAGCACCGGGUUCAUCCUCACGGUGGUGUGGCUGCAGUACCAGAAGCGGAAGAUGCUGUGGGAUGAGAGCUGGAUCAUCAACCUGAAGGAGAUCAGCACAGGCAGCAAGUUCCCUCUGGGAAUCGGCAGUGCCGUGACCAUCCAACAAGCCAACGGCACCUCCGUCCCAAGUCUCCAUGACGACUCGGCCAGUGGAUACAUUGACAGCCCGGACAACAAGCAGGGCUUCAUACAAAGCGGAAUCUAUGAUGGUCGGACAGUGGCCAUCAAAAGGAUACGGAAGAAAACCUUUACCCUCUCAAAGAUCGUCCGCAAGGAAGUGAAGCAAGUGAGGGAGCUGGAUCACCCAAACCUGUGCAAGUUUAUUGGCGGCACCGUGGAGGUCCCCAACGUUACCAUUGUCACCGAGUAUUGUCCUAAAGGCAGCCUGUUUGAUGUCCUCUACAACGAUGACAUUCCCUUGAACUGGGGGUUCAGAUUGUCCUUUGCCACUGAUAUUGCACGUGGCAUGGCCUACCUUCACCACCACAAGAUCUACCACGGGAGACUGCAGUCAACCAACUGUGUCAUCGAUGAUCGAUGGGUGUGCAAGAUCGCAGAUCAUGGGCUAGCAGUCUAUAGGAGGGAUGAUUUCGAAGACUUGACCGAUUCCUUUAUUCCAAGAGCAAGCCGCAUUCACUGUGCUCCCGAGGUGAUUGCAGGGAUCGCAACGAACAUGUGCCCAACAGUGGAUGUUUACAGCUUCUCCAUAAUACUGCUUGAAAUCGCAACACGGAGUGACCCAUUGCCGGCACAGGAAUAUCUGGUGGAGUUGACCUGGCGACCCAGUCUUCCCGAAAUACACACCAGCAAGUCCGACAACGAUUGUCCCAGCCAGGAGGAGUAUGCUGAGUUGAUAAAGAAGUGUUGGGCUCAUAAUUCUCUCCUGCGGCCAACGUUUGAACAAAUUAAGAAGAUGCUUGAGAAGAUGAACCCCAAUAAAGUCAGCCCGGUGGAUAUGAUGAUGACCUUGAUGGAAAAGUACAGCAAGCACCUGGAACUCAUCGUUUCUGAGAGGACUCAGGAUCUACUCCAGGAGAAGCAGAAGACGGACUCGCUGCUGUACAGCAUGUUACCCAGAGCUGUGGCCGAUAACCUCCGCCAGGGGAUUUCUUCGGAGGCGCAGAGUUACGCCAACGCCACCGUCUAUUUCAGUGACAUUGUUGGCUUCACCAGCCUGUCCAGCGCCAGCACUCCGUACCAAGUGGUGGACUUCCUCAACCGCCUUUACACCACCUUCGAUGACAUAAUCGACAACCAUGACGUCUACAAGGUGGAGACCAUUGGAGAUGCCUACAUGGUAGUUUCGGGGGUGCCCAACGAGAACGGGCUGAACCAUGUGGCUGAGAUUGCCAGCAUGGCACUGGACCUGGUCUCCGUCUGCAGGUCCUUCGUCAUCCCACACAAGCCCGACGUCAGGCUGAAGAUCCGUGCCGGAAUUCACUCAGGUCCUGUUGUGGCCGGUGUGGUUGGAACCAAGAUGCCUCGAUAUUGUUUAUUUGGAGACACAGUAAACACUGCGUCAAGAAUGGAGUCAACCAGUGAAGCACUCAAAAUUCAAUGUAGCUCCAGCUCGUCAGAACUGCUGAAGGAAAUUGGCGGUUAUCUCCUAACCUGCCGCGGCCCGCAGAUCGUGAAGGGAAAGGGCGAGAUGAUCACCUGGUGGCUUGAUGGGAAGGAAGGUGAUGUAUCAGAGUGAGUCAUGGUGCCAGGAAGGGCAAAACCAGUCGAGCAUUCGAUCCUGACCAAAGGCAGCCGUUUCUUCUGAAGUUCGUCAAGUUCAGACUCCAGACGGCAUUGGAUAUCCCAUUGAAUGUUUCAUAACCACAUCCUUGUAUGUAGCUUGUGCUGGUUUGUUGAGGCGUUCCCCACUUUUGGUGUUUGUUAGAUUUUAAGCUUUAGACUUUAGAUAUACAGACUUUUCACCGAGUCCACGCCAACAGCGAUCACCCCGCACUAUCCUACACUUGAGAGACAAUUAACAAUUUUACUGUCGCUAAUUAACCUACAAACCUGUACAUCUUUGGAGUGUAGGAGGAAACCGGAGCACCCGGAGAAAACCCAAGCGGUCACAGGGAGAACGUAUAAACUCCGUACAGUCAGCACCCGUAGUCAGGAUCGAACCCUGGUCUCUGAUGCUGUGAGGCAGUAACUCUACCGUUGCGGCACCGUGUUGCCCCAAUGUUGUUCAUAGCCUUUGUGUCGUCCCAUCUCCUCAACACGUCACCAGGGAAGGAGCGGAGACAGUCCCUUAAACUAUGAAAGCCCCUUGAAAAAGUAAUUCAAAAUCAGUGGCACAGACAACAGUCUUGGUGGCACUGUUCCAACAACUUACACUUCCGAUGUUUAUCAAACCUGCACUCAGCAUGAGAUAGAUACAUGUUCCGGUUUAGGCUUAUUAUUGUCAAGUGUACCGAGGUACAGUGAAAAGCUUUGUUUUGCAUGCUAUCCAAACAGAUUGGAUAAUACCAUACAAUCAAGUCUAGUUCAAGUACAAUAAGCUAUUCCCAUUAAUACCAAGCACAUAUUGCAUAUUGCACAACAGAUAAACAGUAGGUAGAGCAAAGGGGAAGAUGAAGAGUGCAGAAUAUAGUUCUCAGCACUGUAGUGCACCAGUUCCAGAGACAAAAUCCAAUGUCCGCAAUGGGGUGAAUCUAAUGGGAGGAAAGAAGCACGAUGCUAAUAUAGACGAUCAAAACAUCCAUCACACAGACCACACUCCACCAUUGACUCCAUCUACACUUCACGUUGCCUCAGGAAAGCAGCCAACAUAAUCAAAGACUUGUCCCACCCCGGUCAUUCUUUCUUCUUCCUGCUUCCAUUGGGGAGAAGGUACUGAAGCUUGAAAGUGCACACCACCAGACACAGGAACAGCCUCUUCCUGUUCUGAACAGUCCUUCCAUAAGCUAGGGCACUUUCCAAUGCACUGUCCCAUGCUAGUCUAGUUUUAGAAUCCUCUCUCUCUUCCUGAAUAGGUGUUGAAGCAGAAUCUUUAAACAGUUUGAAGGGCAAGGUGAGAGAAAAACAGUGAGUGUUCACUUUAUACAUGUCCCUCAUGAUCUUGUACACUUCAAUAAGCUCACCCACUGUGUGGAGUUUGCACAUUCUCCCUGUGACCACAAGGGUUUCCUCUGGGUGCUCCGGUUUCCUCCCACAUUCCAAAAACAUGCAGCUUUGUAGGUUAAUUGGCUUUUGUAAAUUGCCCCUUGUGUGUAGGAUAGUGCCAGUGUACAGGGUAAUCAUUGGUUGGUGUGGACUGGUUUGGCCGACGGGUCUGUUUCCAUACCAUACCUCUAAACCUAAAACACCCCUCAGCCUCCUACACUCCAAAGAAAAAAGUCACAGCCUGUCGAACCUCCCACUACAACUUAAAUCUGCAAGCCCAGGUAACAUCCUAGUGAAACUCCUGCAUACAUCACACCCAUUCCCUGUGGAAAGAGGUUUUUCCAGAACUCGGCUCCUGAUCAGAUGUAUUGAGAACUGCAUAUUUCUGAUCCAGGUUCAUAGGUUCAUGUUCAUAAGUUAUAGCAGAAUUGGGCCAUUUGACCCACCAAGUCUACUCCGCCAUUCAAUCAUGUCUGAUCUAUAUUUUCCUCUCAACCCCCUUCUCCUGCCUUCUCCCCCAAACCCCUGACACAUGUACUAAUCAAGGAUCUAUCUCUGCCUUAAAAAUAUCUAUUGACUUGGCUUCCACAGAUUCACCACCAUCUGACUAAAGAAACUCCUACUCAUCUCCUACUGAAAGGAAUGUUCUUUAACUCGGGUCCUGGACUCUCCCCCUUUGAUCUGUCAUUUUCACACCUUAUCCUUCCAUAUCUCUGUCUCCCUAUCCCCUCUCUCAGUCUGAAGAAGGGUAAUGACUCGUAACGUCACCCAUUCGUUCUCUCCAGGGAUGCUGCCUGUCCCACUGAGUUAUCUUCGAGAAAACAAAUCACCUUUAUUUUGCUGCAUUGAGUAAUAAGUAUCCAAAAUAAAUAAUCAGUAAAGGAUGUCUUUUGGUUUCUGCCAUUUGGCUUGAUGUUCAGAAUUCUACAAGAAUCACUCACCGCUUGACCUUGACUCAAUACUGAUGAUGGGGUCACUUGAGUUGCAAUAUAUCUCAUAACUAUCAAAUGUCAAUGCCUGUAGAUUCAAAUCUAAAUGUGCAAUAUGUUUCCUUGUGUUUCGUGAGAAACCAAAUGCUGAAGUAAUUCAAUUAAUCAGGCAGCACCUGUGGAGGGAAGGAUGUGAUGUUUUGGGCCGGGACCCUUCUUCAGACUCAACAUCCCUUUUCAGUCUGAAGAAGGGUCCUGACCCAAAACAUCGCCUGCCUAUUCCCUCCACAGAUGUUUUGGGUCGGGACCAUUCUUCAUAGAUGUUCUCCCAGAUGUACUCCCCAGAUGCUUGAGUCCAGUCUGAAGAAGGGUCGUGAGUCUGAAGAUCGGGUCCCGACCCAAGACCUCACCUACCGAUUCCCUCUACAGAUGCUGCCUGAUGCGAUGAGUUCCUCCAGCACUUUAUGUGUUACUCUUAGGAUUCCAGCAUCUGCAGUUUCUUGUACCUCCCUUUGUCGGUGAUUAGGUUUGUGAGUGUAUUGUGUAUUGUGAAUGUACAUGACCAUACAUGGAUAGUGUGUUCGUCAGUAAAUCACAAGCAGUGAACGUUUCUCAGUCCCAUGGUGUAGAGAGUGGCCACGGCUACCAACAUCCCACACAUUUAUCAUCACGAGGACUUUGUAAACCCGCAGAGUUACCACCGCCUUCAACGCUGUACUUAGCAAUGCGUACAAU